AUGCGUGGCAGCAGUGCAUUGUUAGAGCAAUUGUUCAACUGUCAAGCUCUAAGAAAACUAAGUAUUCCUGAUAAUGAUCUUUCAAAUCUGCCAACCACUAUUGCUAGUUUAGUUAAUCUUAAAGAACUCGACAUCAGUAAAAAUGGUGUACAAGAAUUUCCAGAAAACAUUAAAUGCUGUAAGUGUUUAACAAUUAUUGAAGCCAGUGUCAAUCCCAUUUCUAAACUCCCUGAUGGCUUCACACAGCUUCUAAAUCUGACCCAGCUCUACCUGAAUGACGCCUUUCUUGAAUUUCUUCCAGCAAAUUUUGGAAGACUUGUCAAAUUGCGGAUCUUGGAGUUAAGAGAAAAUCAUUUGAAAACUCUACCAAAUGUGAAGAAAAGUCAUUGCCUGAGAGUAAAUAGGAAAUGCUGGAGACUGGAGGAGAU